CCACCGGGAACCACCGGGCCCACCGGGAACCACCCGGCCGACGGGACCCACCGGGCCCACCGGGAACCACCUGGGCCCACAGGACCCACCGGGCGCACCCGGAACCACCCGGCGCACUGGGACCCAUUCGACAUGGACGCGCGGGGACCCAAAGCCCCCGGCGGGGACGCGCUGCGCGACGCGGCAGAAAAUCUAUUUCAGGAACUUCAAGAACAUUUUCAAGCUCUGACUGCAACAUUAAACCUCAGAAUGGAAGAAAUGGGAAAUCGCAUUGAGGAUUUACAGAAGAAUGUAAAUGACCUAAUGGUGCAAGCUGGGAUUGAAAAUUCUAAUAAAGAACAAACGGUAAGGUCAUCAUUAGGAAAUUAA